GCUUCAAACGGAAGGUGGCUGUUGUCCGAGCCGAAGCAGGUUUCAAACCGGGGGUCGGGCCCGGCAGUCGUUGUCUGUCGCCGCGGCCCCGCUUCCGGGCUAGGCCGCUCCUGCCCGCCCCCGCCCCGCCUCCCUUCGGACCCCUCAGUCUCAGGCCCGGCUCCCCGCCUCUCUCGCGCUCGGCCUGCAGCAGCUCGCUGUCGUCCCGGCCCGCACUGCGGCCCCGCCGCCACCACCAUGUCCCUGCACGGCAAACGGAAGGAGAUCUACAAGUAUGAAGCGCCUUGGACGGUCUACGCCAUGAACUGGAGCGUGCGGCCGGACAAGCGCUUUCGCCUGGCUCUGGGCAGCUUCGUGGAAGAAUACAACAACAAGGUCCAGCUUGUUGGUUUAGAUGAAGAGAGUUCGGAGUUUAUUUGCAGAAACACUUUUGACCAUCCGUACCCCACGACAAAGCUCAUGUGGAUCCCCGACACAAAAGGCGUCUAUCCAGACCUACUGGCGACAAGUGGCGACUAUCUUCGUGUGUGGAGGGUUGGUGAAACAGAAACCCGGCUGGAAUGUUUGCUAAACAAUAACAAGAACUCAGAUUUCUGUGCUCCUCUAACUUCCUUUGACUGGAAUGAGGUGGAUCCUUAUCUGUUAGGUACCUCCAGCAUUGAUACGACUUGUACCAUCUGGGGGCUGGAGACAGGGCAGGUGUUGGGGCGAGUGAAUCUUGUGUCUGGUCAUGUGAAGACCCAACUGAUCGCGCAUGACAAGGAGGUCUAUGAUAUUGCAUUUAGUCGGGCUGGGGGUGGCCGGGACAUGUUUGCCUCUGUGGGCGCUGAUGGCUCGGUGCGGAUGUUUGACCUUCGUCAUCUAGAACACAGCACCAUCAUUUACGAAGACCCACAGCAUCACCCACUGCUUCGCCUCUGCUGGAACAAGCAGGACCCUAACUACCUGGCCACCAUGGCCAUGGAUGGAAUGGAGGUAGUGAUUCUGGAUGUCCGAGUCCCCUGCACACCUGUCGCCAGGUUGAACAACCACCGAGCAUGUGUCAACGGCAUCGCUUGGGCCCCACACUCAUCCUGCCACAUCUGUACCGCAGCGGAUGAUCACCAGGCUCUCAUCUGGGACAUCCAGCAAAUGCCCCGGGCCAUCGAGGACCCGAUCCUGGCCUACACAGCUGAGGGAGAGAUCAACAACGUGCAGUGGGCAUCGACUCAGCCCGACUGGAUUGCCAUCUGCUACAACAACUGCCUGGAGAUACUCCGAGUGUAGCGUUGGCAGCACCUUGCCCACAAGGCGGGGGCUUGUGUGUUUCCUGCCUCUGCCCCAUCCCCAAACCUCCUGUAUAAGAAGUACCGUAUUUUCUGCCCAUCACACUUUGUAAUAAAACUUGAACAUGUAUA